CGCAUUAUCGCUCUAUACAUGGAGUUUGGCCCCGAGUGUUGAAUCUAAAAUCUAUAAUCAUCUUUCUGAAUUUGUUUUAAUUAAUUAUUUUCAAUAUGACGGAACAACUUUAUUUGAGGGGUACCUUACGAGGCCAUAAUAAUUGGGUGACGCAAAUUGCUACAAACCCAAAAUUUCCUGACAUGAUUCUGUCAUCCUCUCGGGAUAAAACUCUCAUCAUGUGGAAGUUAACUCGUGAAGAAACCAAUUAUGGAAUCCCUCAAAAACGUCUUCGUGGACAUGGUCAUUUUGUAACGGAUGUAGUUAUGUCGUCUGAUGGACAAUAUGCAUUAUCGUGUUCUUGGGAUAAGACCCUGCGUUUGUGGGAUUUAACAUAUGGUAAAACUACUCGACGUUUCGAAGAUCAUACCAAGGAUGUUCUCAGUGUCGCCUUUUCUGCCGAUAACCGUCAAAUAGUGUCUGGAUCCCGAGAUAAAACUAUCAAAUUAUGGAACACAUUAGCUCAGUGCAAAUACACAAUCCAGGAAGAUGGGCACACCGACUGGGUAUCUUGUGUAAGAUUCUCUCCUAACAAUAACAAUCCAAUCAUUGUAUCCUGCGGUUGGGAUCGUUACGUAAAGGUUUGGAACCUUACAAACUGCCGUUUGAAAACAAAUCAUAUUGGUCAUCAUGGUUAUUUAAAUACUGUUACAGUGUCUCCUGAUGGUUCUCUUUGUGCAUCUGGUGGCAAAGACUGUAAAGCAAUGUUGUGGGAUUUGAAUGAAGGCAAGCAUCUCUACACCUUAGACCAUACAGAUAUAAUUAAUGCUUUGUGCUUCAGUCCAAAUCGCUAUUGGCUGUGUGUGGCAACUGGUCCAAGCAUUAAAAUUUGGGAUUUGGAAGGCAAGAAUAUGGUAGAUGAACUACGACCAGAAGUCAUCACUAAUAGCACAAAGGCCGAGCCUCCUCAGUGUAUAUCUAUGGCAUGGUCUGCAGAUGGACAAACUUUGUUUGCAGGUUAUACAGAUAAUACCAUAAGAGUAUGGGCUGUGGGCAUGAAUGCAACUCGCUAAUGUAAGAAAGUGGAAAAAACUAAAUAAAAAAAUUAUACCAGUUAC